AUGGCCUCUACCCCACCAACCACCGCGAUUCCUCCUCGGACAUGGACACGAGCGGACAGCGAGUUCUUCAUCUCGAACGACCCAUCACUGCUAUCCGUCAAGGCUGUCAAUGAAGCCUUUGGACGAGAAUUCCUAUACUGGGGCAAACCCUUCCCCGAAGAAGUCAUGCACCAAAUUCUCCACGGCUCCAUGAGCUUCGGCGUCUACAGGCAGACCCAACCCAAGCCUGAAGAUGGGCCUUUCUCUCCUACCGCAGAAAGCACAGAGCAAAUUGGACUUGCGCGAAUGGUCACAGACGGAUCAACCUUUGGAUACCUUUCGGACGUCUAUGUCCUCCCCGAGUACCAGGGCCAUGGACUCGGAAAGUGGCUCAUGAACUGCGUGGUGGAGGUCUUCUCCAAAGAAAACAUGCCAUAUCUACGCCGGAUCAUGCUUCUGACUGGCGAUAAGCGGGUGCAAGAUUUCUACUCCAAGAUUUUUGGCAUGAAGGUGAUUGGCCAUGAGCAACGGCCCGAUAUUGGACAGGACUUGGUCUUCAUGUGUGCACGGCCGAAUGCACCUGAGUAG